AUGCUUCUUGAGAAGUAUCAACGGCAUAUUCUCAGGAGCAAGAUAAGCUCUUAUGCAGAAUUUACAUGGAAAUUUCCCAAGACCCAAUUACGGUUAGAUCAAGCUAUACUAUUGUUUGCGCGAGACGAAAAGUUCAAAGCAGGUUGGAAGUUUGAACAUGUUUGGAACAUUAUUAAAAAUUUUGAAAAAUUUCAAGAUGGUAAUUCUAAUGCUGGGAAGGCAUCACGUAUGUCGAGCUUUGGGUAUGCCUCAUCGGAGUCAGAGAAUCUAACCCUUGAUUCUGGUAAACAACAAUCUCCUGGACUCUCUGUAUUUUCUCUCAAUUUAGAUGAUGAAGAAUAUAAUAUUUGUGGCUCACAAUCUGAACGAACGAUUGGAGUUAAGAAAGCCAAGUUAAAAAGAAAAAUUGAUGAAGAGAUGUCAACAUUUAUUAAAACUCUAGAAGAUGGAAACAAACAACUUAUUGAGCAAUUAAAAAAAACAAGCGCACAGAGACAACAACAUUUGGAGCUUCAAAAUAAGAACUAUGCUUUAAAAGAACUCAAAGAAGAAAAUAAGAUCUUGUUUCAAGACUUAAGUUCUAUACAAAAUCCUGAUGUUCGUGAAUUUUUCCAAGCUGAACAAGCCCGAAUUUUAGAAAAGAGGUUCGAACAACAACAACAUCAACAGCAACCUCCUUCUUCAAGCUCAUUUGGACAAUAUCUCAGUGAUCUUGGCUGA